UUCGGGAUCUGUCCAAAUAUUCUUACGUCCAUGGUGAAGAUUUACAACUGUCAAAAAUCUUUUACGCGAGAAGGAUCACCGAGUCUCAUUUGAUUACAAGGCUUUAUUAAUUAGAAAUAACAAUGUAAUUGUUUGCAUUGUAGAUAAAUAUCUGGUUAAGGACUCGACAAUCGUAUUCCAUGGUGGAUUAUACUAAUGCUCACCGCUUGGAUUUUGAGCACUUACGCAAGCUGUAACAUGACAAUUCACUUUUUGAAAGAGCCCGCGGACCGACAACUAUACAUUUCCGAUGAUUUGGAAAUUUAGAUUUGGGAACAAGUGAAAAAUUAAUUAUAAUACAAAUCUUGUAACAAGAAUUGCAAUUCGGUGACAUCGCAGCUAAAUGAUCUACUCAGUCGCAAAAGAAUCGAGUCAGGUGCCGGUUUCUCAUAAGAAUUGCAAGGUUAUGCUAGGGGCUUGCAGAGUAUCAUUAUUUACAUAUCAGGAGGUCAACAGUGGGAAAUAACGCCUAGUGUAAUAAAAUCUUAUGAUACGGCGCUUUGUAACCAGGGCUUGCAGAGUAUCAUUAUUUACAGACCAGGAGGUCAGCAGUGGAAAAUAACGCUUAGUGUAAUAAAAUCUUAUGAUACGCCGCUUUGUAGCCAAUAAAUAACCAAUCGAAGAGUACGGCAUUUUUUGAAAUACCUAACGAUACAAAAAGAAUCAUAUGGAUAACAUGGAAGACCUAUCUUCAGAUGGUGACGAUGUAGUUGGAUUAGAUGCAACAUAUUCUAUGACCUACUGCCCUCCGAAUGUUACGUUUGGUGAAAUUUGGGUGAAUCAUGGAAUGUCUGAGUGUUUUAUGGAUACAGUUUCCACCUUGAUUGUUUCAUUUUACUUGUUAAUCUUUGGGACAAUCCAAUUAUGGAUGUACAGGAAAUAUGGAACAGACACCAAUGAAAAUAUGCUUCCUAAGAGUAAAUUGUACACUAUGCAGAAGUUACUACUAUAUUUUGUUCCGCUCCUUGCUGCUGUUCGACUGGGUCUUCAUGGUUUGGUGCUUGACAACAAAACUAUAUAUGGUUACAUGAUUCUUGGAAUGGUUCUAAGGAUGAUCGCCUACCCAUACUCUGUUCACAUUCUACGUGUGGAACGACACAAGCAACUGCCAAGCGUCCCGACUAGAGGCCAUGGAUUAGUACUCCUUGGGUUCUGGACGUUGGCAUUUGUAUCUGACAAUCUUGUCUUUAUCAAUAUCAAGAAGUUUGAAUGGUGGUUCCAGCUCGACUCCACGACCGAUCGGGUGGAAAUGGCCCUCUUCGUUCUCCGUUAUGUCAGCGGUUUAAUGAUCUUCGCCCUCGGUUUACGAGCACCUGGAGUGAUUGGCAGCUCAGACAAUGAGUAUCAUACUUUCAAUGAUACGGCUGAGACACGUUCACGUUACUACUACAAUAGACCCGAUGACGAAGGCUCAACCUGGAAAAACGCCUGGUCCAAAGUCAAAGUUCUCGCACCCUUCCUCUGGCCGAAAGCGGACGUUUUGCUGCAAUUCAGGGUCUUCCUCUGCUUCGCACUCCUGGGAAUGGGACGAGUCAUUAACCUUUACGUACAGAUAUAUAAUAAACUGAUCGUGAACAGUAUUUCUGAUACUCCUGGUGUGUUCAGGUGGGACUUGAUACUGACCUAUGUAGCAUUCAAGUUCUUACAAGGUGGUGGCACGGGAGGCAUGGGAGUACUUAAUAAUUUACGGUCCUUUCUUUGGAUUCGUAUACAGCAGUAUACAACUCGUGAGAUUGAGGUGGAACUGUUCAGCCAUUUGCAUGGUCUGAGUCUGCGAUGGCACCUGAGUCGAAAGACUGGAGAAGUGCUUAAGAUCAUGGAUCGAGGCACCGACUCGAUAAAUAAUCUACUCAACUACAUCCUGUUCUCUAUCUUGCCUACCAUAGUUGAUAUCCUGAUCGCUGUGAUCUUUUUUGUAGAAGCGUUCAACAAGUGGUUCGGCCUAAUCGUCUUCUUGACAAUGACUUUAUACAUCGCUGCAACCAUCACUGUCACCGAAUGGAGGACGAAGUUUCAGAGGAGAAUGAAUCUCGCCGAUAAUGCCCAAAAGGCGCGCAGCGUGGACAGUCUACUUAAUUUUGAAACGGUCAAAUAUUACGGUGCGGAGGCAUAUGAAGUCCACAGCUACAGAAAGGCCAUUCUUAAUUUUCAAGUCGAGGAAUGGAAAUCCAUGGUUACGCUGAACAUUCUAAACACCAUACAGAAUGUUAUUGUCUGUGGAGGACUUCUCGCUGGAUCUCUGCUCUGCUUGCACAUGGUUGUAGCUGGCGAAGGCUUGACCAUCGGUGACUACGUACUGUUCGCUGGUUACAUUAUUCAGUUGUAUGUUCCCUUGAAUUGGUUUGGAACAUACUACAGGGCCAUUCAAAAGAACUUUGUUGACAUGGAAAAUAUGUUUGAAUUGCUCCGAGAAGAAAAGGAGGUAAUCGAUGCACCUGGUGCUGGGCCAUUAAUAGUGAAGCGUGGACAUGUUGAGUUUUCCAACGUAACAUUCGGCUAUACCGCAGACAGAAUCGUUCUAAGGAACGUCAGUUUUAUAGCUCCGGCAGGAAAGACUAUAGCCUUAGUUGGGCCUUCGGGUGCUGGGAAAUCAACUAUCAUCAGGUUGCUCUUCAGGUUCUACGAUGUCGAACAAGGUGCCAUCUCCAUCGAUGGACAGAAUGUAAAGACGGUCAAACAAGCCUCUCUAAGAAGUGCCAUAGGUGUAGUGCCGCAGGAUACUGUGCUCUUCAAUAAUACUAUUAAGUACAAUAUACAAUAUGGAAAGAUAGAUGCUCCAGAGGCUGACAUAAUCGCAGCUGCCAAGAAUGCUGACAUCCACGAAAGGAUCCUCAGCUUUCCUGAUGCAUAUGAAACUCAGGUUGGAGAAAGAGGUCUUAGGCUCAGCGGAGGAGAGAAGCAAAGAGUUGCCAUAGCCCGAACCAUGCUCAAGGCUCCGAAGAUAGUUCUCCUCGACGAAGCCACCAGUGCUCUCGAUACGCAGACCGAAAGAAACAUUCAGGCAGCGUUGAACCGAGUCUGCGCAAAUCGCACCACCAUAAUCGUUGCGCACAGGUUGUCCACCAUAAUUCACGCGGACGAGAUUCUCGUUCUGAAGGAGGGUGAAAUUGUUGAGAGGGGCAGACACGAAGAGCUCAUUUCGCAGCAAGGAAUCUACCAUGGCAUGUGGCAGGCACAGCUGCAGAACGACCAGGAUAACUCUUCGCCAGGACCUGCGAAUACCAUCAACAGCAGGGAGGAUGUACUAACUGAGGACAAAAACACUUCCUAGCGAGCCAUUGAUCUACCAACAGUUGCAUCCUCCCAUUAGGCACUGCAUUGUUCCACUGAUCGGACUACUUUGGGGCUAAAUAUAACAUGCCCCAUUGUCUGCGACUUUAAUGCUCUCUGCUGAGAAAAUUAUGAACUCACUGAUCUAUGUAUUAAUGCCGGAGGUUCCCUCAGUGCAUCGAGUGUUAUACAGGGCCCGUCGACACAUUAAGGUGAAGUGAAACACGUCGAGGAACUUGAUCGACGUCGGUGAAAAAGAUUCUUCUAAACACCUACGUUGCCGACGUUCGUUUUUAUAUCGACAGCUGUGUCGAAUUAUAGCGGGUAUUGUACUAAAUGGCAUACUCCACCUGUCCUUUUCGUACAAUAAUUAUAAAGAAAUCUUAGUUAAACCCCAGAAAUCAUAUGGAUUCAUGGUUUCUGAGGCCCCAAGUGACUGCAGAGGGAGUCCCUACGCCAUCUGUGAUUUCCGAGUCAACUAAAUUUUCACUCCGAGACCUCGUAUUACCAUCGUUUUAGCAUAGAAGCGCGUAAGACAGAUUUUUUACCUCUAUCUCGUUAAAAUGCGAGUUUCUCAAUUACCAGAGUAUUCUAAAUCGUCGUGCAAUUAUCCCGACACUUUCGUUUCUCGUAUUAGAGCCCUCAAAAAUUGUAUAUUGAUCGAAAUAUGAGAGCUCGACGCAAUUUUGGAUCUGGCCUGUGCUAAGUUAAAGUAAAUUUGGUCAAAAAUCCAAAUUUCUAGUGUCAGGAUAAUUCCUCGGUGCUCACGAGUCAUGUGUCAAUAAUUUGGAUGAUUCGUUCAAAUUUCCUUAGAAAAAGGAAAGUGUCUUAUUCGGACCGACCGAUUUAAGGGAGGUUUCACUUCACCUUAAACGUCGCAGGCAACAGAGUGCAGCUAAUUCGAGUCCUACCAAUUAAUUCACCUGAUUGGCUAUUUUUUUUUUUUUUUUAUGAUUACAGGUAAAUUAUGCACCGUAGAGAAAAAUUGUACAGGACUUCUCGACUCCAUUUUCGACAAGAAUAGCAAUGUAUAAACCGUUGCCAGGAAUUCUGUUACGUUCUUUAUAGAUCAAUGGGUGAACUCUGAACCCUAAACUAAGAUGAACCCUGUAGAUGGCUCAUAGAGUGAACCGAAAGAAUAAUCCUGGUGAUUAAUGCACCACGAUCAACCGUGAGAUUUUCUCUAUGAGGGACGGGGCUUUAUUUAUUUCGUAAUCCUAAUCGCAAAAUCGCUCUGAGGAUUUUUGCGAUCGUCGAACGUCGUAAGAGAAGUAGCUCUUAGUUCUUGGAUGCUGUAGUUGAAUACUUGCUGUAGCAUAUCCAUCUUAAAUCGUUCGUUUGUAGGAAAUUCUAAAUAAAUUACAACUAUAUUAUUAA